AUGGCCAGAAGACCAGCGAGAUGUUAUCGCUACUGCAAGAACAAGCCAUAUCCCAAGUCACGAUUCAACCGUGGUGUGCCCGACCCUAAGAUCCGUAUCUUCGAUCUCGGACGAAAGCGUGCCAAUGUCGACGAAUUCCCUCUCUGCGUUCAUAUGGUCUCCAACGAGUACGAACAGCUGAGCUCUGAAGCGCUCGAAGCCGCCCGCAUUUGCGCCAACAAGUACCUCGUCAAGAUUGCAGGCAAGGAAGGUUUCCACCUUCGUGUGCGUGCUCACCCCUAUCAUGUCGUCCGAAUCAACAAGAUGUUGUCUUGCGCCGGUGCCGAUAGACUGCAGACUGGAAUGAGAGGAGCGUGGGGCAAGCCCAAUGGAACUGUUGCUCGUGUCAACAUUGGUCAAAUUCUUCUAUCAGUCAGAACCCGAGAUGUGCACCGUGCAACCGCCAUUGAGGCUCUCCGCCGGUCGAUGUACAAGUUCCCUGGUCGCCAAAAGAUCAUUGUCAGCAAAAACUGGGGAUUUACACCACUCAGACGCGAGGAAUACGUCAAGUUGAAGCAGGAAGGCCGUGUGUUGCAAGAUGGUGCAUAUGUUCAAUUCUUGAGAAACAAGGGUAACAUUGAGCACAACAUGAAGCGAUUCCCUGGUGCCUACGAAACUGCUAGCGAGGCAUAA